AUGCACAUCAGUGCGACGGCCGCCAUCACACCGCGGUACGUUUCGCUGGGCGGGAGGUAUUGCUCGAUUCGCCGUUCUUCCCCUCUCAAUCCAAGCAGACUCCAGGUCUCCGGCUCAGCCUAUUCCGAGAAUCCACCAAUACAGCCCUCUACCGCAACCCGCAUUGACGCCCACCUAGCCAACCUUAACCGCCUGCUCCUGCGGGAAUCCGUGUCCGAAUCCCUUGUCCCUCUCUCUCAUCCGGACGGAAACGGAAGCGGUGACUGUGAAAGCGGUGUCGGCAGGGCCUUUGUCGAUGAUCUCAACCUCCCCAGUAUCGUCUCAGAGAGGACCACUGAAGCCAUGUCUCCAAGGAGCGUGAACCUUAUUCAGCGCCUCGUUUCCGGCGCACAUCUGUUCUCACAACACAACAUGAUCGGCCGCCGGUGGCGAGACUUGUACGGCGCCAACGUCUGGUCUGGCCUUCUGGACCCACUGGACGAGGACCUCCGUAAACAGAUUGUUCGCUAUGGCGAGUUCGUCCAGGCGGCGUACCACGCCUUUCACGCAGACCUAGAAGCGCUACCCUCCGACCCACGCUACGUCGCCCUCCCGGACCGCUCCUACCGCGUCACAGGUAGCCUCUACGCCACAUCCUCCAUCGAGGCGCCUCGAUGGGUCGACAGCUUGGCGCCGUGGAUGCGGCAGCGCUCAGUUGGAUUGGGUUCGUCGCCGUGUGCGAACGCCAGCGCGAGAUCAGUCGCCUUGGCCGGCGUGACAUCGUCAUCGCACUGCGGGGCACCGCCACAGUCCUAGAAUGCGCUGAGAACUUCCGAGCGACCCUCGUCGAGAUACCCCACAACAAGGAGAACUCACAGAAAGCCGAGCAAUUUCCUGAGCCGAAGGUCGGCUGCGGCUUCUGGAGCCUAUACACGACCGGCUCCGAGAGAAUUCCCAGUCUAAGUGAUGCGGUCCUGAAAGAGGUCAGGAGGCUAAUAAAGCUCUACAAAGGCGAGAAGCUUAGCAUCACCGUCGUGGGUCACAGCCUCGGCGCGGCGUUGGCUGUGCUCGUGGCGGAUGAGCUCAGAGGGUACGGCGCCACCAUGACCCCAGUUGCCGUCUUCUCCUUCGGCGGGCCGCACGUAGGAAAUCUCGGGUUCGCCCAGAGGGUCCGCGCCCGCGGGGCCAAGGUCCUGCGAGUGCUAAACGAACGUGACCUCGUCACGAAGAUGCCCGGAGUUUUCUCUGUCCACAGUAACCCAGCCGAGGAAGACGCCGGCGCCCCCUCCCCGACAAGGCAAAAGUCGCGGCUGCCGGUGGCCGGCGGAAUGAGAACUGCGGUACCGGACAAGUGGCGGGUCGCAGUGGACCGAGCGAUGACUGCGCUUUCGUACUCAGACGUAGGGAGUGAGCUGAGGGUGGACAGCCGGGAGUCACCGUUCCUAAGGCCAGAUGCCGACCCCUAUUGCUGCCACGACCUGGAGGCCUACCUCCACCUGGUAGACGGCUUCCAAAGUUCGCGGUGUCCAUUUCGAUCGGACGCCACGCGCAGCAUCGCGAUGCUGGUUGUGCAGCAGGGCUCAAAUUUAAAGAGGCACUACACCAGUGAGGCCCUGGCUGCGCUGGGGCUGGAGCCGGCGCUCAAGGACGCUGCGACUGGGAAGGGGCGGCUGUCGCCGGAGGGCUACAGCGGUCACCUCGCCAGUUCGUCGUCCAGAGUUUCGGGAGCGAAUUAG